CCUCUCCGCCACCGCCAUGUUUGUUUGAGACAAGAUGACAGCAGGACGGGACAGAAGAGGGAAGUGGAUUUAAAUUGAAAAUAAAUAACAACUAACGAGUACCAAUUAUUUUUACAGUAAUAUGACAGAAAAGGACGUGGACUACCGACACAGUUAGCAGUGUUUUUUUCUUCUAUUACAAACAAAAGCUAAGAAUAAAACCUAGUUUUAUUUCCUGGGAAUUAUAAUUUUGUUCUCGUAUGUCGUAAGGUGCUUUUAUAUAACAAGACAAUACUGCUUUUCUAGGGGACCUGAGAGGUAAAGGAUACGUACAUGUUCAAAUUUUCUGAGAUUUUUCUCUCAAAAGAAGUUAUAUCUAUGUCUGUAAUAAAAUUUAUGACUUUCAAUUCCUAUCUCGUUUGGUGCCGAAAGAAGGAGUAGAUAACCAGCUUUGUAUUUUGGAUUUUCGGUUCUUUUGGAUAUUUUAUACUUUGCCUUUCAAGUAAUUUUACAUACAACAAAAAAAAAAAAAAAAAAAACAAAAAAAAAAAACGUUAUUUUUUCCUGGAAGGUCAAGAAAAAAAAAGGAUAACUCAAUCAGAAAGAUGUCAAGCAGCACUCCAGCAGAUAUGAUCAACUUGCGGCUCAUCUUGGUGAGUGGAAAAACAAAAGAAUUUUUGUUUUCACCUAAUGAUUCAGCUGCAGACAUUGCCAAACAUGUGUAUGACAACUGGCCAAUGGACUGGGAAGAAGAGCAGGUCAGCAGCCCAAAUAUUUUACGACUUAUCUACCAGGGACGGUUUCUGCAUGGCAAUGUGACACUAGGAGCAUUAAAGCUUCCCCUUGGCAAAACCACAGUGAUGCAUUUAGUAGCCAGAGAGACAUUACCAGAGCCAAAUUCCCAAGGUCAAAGGAACCGUGAAAAAACAGGAGAAAGCAACUGCUGUGUGAUUCUGUAAACGCAUCCUGUUGUUUUACCUACCCAUGAUGUCAUAUAGUUCUUGUUUAUCUCAUGCUGCUGGAAUAUUCACACACAACCUUGCUUCAUAGAGCUGAAAAAAAGAUUAAGCCCAAACUGGAUCAUUACUCAGUGCCCAUAUUGUGUUUUCUGUUUCUUAUCUAGAUUGUUCUCUUAAGCUCUGUUUACGUGAAUAGAAUCCGUAAGAUUAUGUAUGUUUGUAAUACAGAUUUAGUUUUUUUGUAAUGGUAGUAUUUUGCACAUGACAAGCUAGUUUUGCAUUUGCAGGCUGUACUCAUUUUGGUUAUAGAAGUAGUUUGUACCCGAUCACACAUUUCUUAAAGAAAACAUUUUAUCUAGCAUUAUAAUAUUAAUGGUUUAACAGAACUUGAUUAGCACUAAUCUUGGUACUACCUUACCUAAGGUAACAUUAGGUAGUCCAGGAUUAGUGCUGCUGUAAAUCUCGCUGUAGAUUUAUUUGUAAGUACAUUCAGUCAAUGCCAUAAAAUAUGUGACAGAUUAUUUCAUGAUGCUGUUGAAAAAAUAACAAAUCUAAUGAAGAGGUAGAAUAAUAUUUUAAACAUGAAACAUUAAAAGUUUAAAUCAUGAAAGUAAAUACUGUUUCUUUUAAAUAGUAAACCAUGCUAAGAGUUGAUGUGCCUGUAGUCAGACAUCGGUCCACAGAGGACUGAUAAAUUGGACUUGCUCACCAACAAUACUGUAUGCACUAAAAUCUGCAGAUUAUGAAAUAAUUCUGCAGAAAUAAAGUGCAUUUCCUAGCCUUAAUGGAGGAAGGGAAGCUUUUAUUAGAUCAUUGUAUUAUUCAUAAAUAAAAGUAAAGGCUUCAUGGAUGAUCCAAGGUUUUUUUUUUUUUGUAUAUUACCAGUCCAUAUUUUGUUAAUGAAAUAACCUGUAUUCAACUGCAUAUUAUUGCCCAGUGUUGUCUGUAUUUAACAAUUUAAAACUACUUAUUUGCCAUGCAACUUUUUUUUUUAUUUUUCCUUACACUUGCAUUAUGUUGUAGUGCUUGUAAUUAGAACAAGACGGUGAAUUGAAAUAGCGUAUAAGAUGUCAUUAUUUUUCCUAUUUUUCCUAUUUUUUCUCUAAAGAAUAAUUACCUGAAAAGAAUAUUUGCACAGCAUUGAAGCAUGAGCUACUUUCAUCUAAACUUGUAAAAAAAAAAAAAAAAAAAGUUUUUUUAUAUUUCAGUAGGAAGCUGUUCUUCCUAACUGA